AUGAAGGCUGAGCUGGAGGUCUUUGUGCAUGCCAACUUGAAAGACAUCGGCAGUGAGGUGCACAACGGCCUCCUGGUGGCAGCGGCUGAGUUCAAGGGACACAUCGCCCUUGAACGGGUGCCCUUUGUUGCCUCUCCAGUGCCUUCCCUCCUCACCUGUGGUGCCUCUGCUGAAGAAGGUGCCGCAGAAGCUGCUGAAAGGUGUCCUCGGGAGGCCAUCACAGAGCCCAAGGACAAAUCCCUCGCAGUGAUCGAGGCAGCUCUGGGGGAUGCUGAACAUGCGUGGGAGUCCUGCAUCAAAGAGCGCGGCUGCUCAGAGGGCGACGGCAGGGAUCAGAGCCCUUGUGCCAGCGUGCACAGCAUCGACAUCGAGCCCUGGGAGAUCUCCGAGGGCAGCCUCUGCAUGGAAUCGCCCCGCCUCGCCGGCCGCCGCACAGAGGAGCUGCUAUAG